UGCUGCUGUUCGAAGCUUGCGUGCUGAUUUUUAGUGAUGCCGCUGUAUUGAAUUGUUUUACGGAAUGGCACCAGUUUAGAUUGGUAACAUCACUUGCAAAGAAAGACAACAAAACGAAUUCAUCAACCGAAUAGACGCCCUUUGAACACCUGUCGGAAUAUAGGUAGCUACAACCUGGGAUGCCGUGGCAAGGAAGCAGCGUGCAGACCCCAGUCCAGUACGAAGAGGACAUCUGGGUUGAAGAGCCAUACACGCCUCCUGUUCGAAGUGCCGUCUAUUCUCGAAGCGGCUUUUCACGCAACAACGACUCCUACGAACAACAGCAGAAUGGCACCUUCGGCCACCGUAACUUCCCUGAUGGAAGCAUCGGAAGAGGAAGGAGCCGCGGCGGACGCGGACGCUCCGAGGGCGUCACGGACUGGAGGAGAAGCGAGCCCCGCGAAAAUGAGAACAAUGACCUGACCAUCUUCCCAGUGCCUAGCAAAGACGUCGGGAGGAUUAUUGGCAAAGGCGGCUCAAAGAUCCGAGAGUUGGAAGAAGCGAGUGGAGCUCGGAUCCGAGUGAUGCGAGACGAUGAAGAUGGUGCAAGUGACGAUCCUUAUGAGGCCAGGGUCCAGCUGAGAGGGUCCUCGGAAGCUAGAGAGAAGGCCAAGCAGAUAAUCGAGGACUUCAUUAGCCCCACAAGUUCAGCUAAAGACAGCCAAGCCAAGAGUAGCCAACCGGAACCUGCACCAUUCGUAGACUGGGCCAAACUGCUGGCUGACAGCGACCGGCAGCGAGAGGAAAGGUGGAAAGCAUUGCCUCCCAUCAUCAAAAACUUCUAUAACGAACACGACGAUGUGCGCAACAUGAGCAGGGAAGAGGUUGCACGCUUCAGGAUGGAGAACAACAACAUAGUAGUCACAUCUCUGGAAGAAGACGAUGAACGUCCGUUUUCCAACCCCGUCCAAACCUUUGAACAGGCUUUUGGAGAUCAUCCUGAUAUACUGGACGAAAUCUACAAGAACAAGUUUGAAAAACCAUCCCCCAUACAGAGCCAGGCCUGGCCCGUGCUGCUUCAAGGGCAUGACUUAAUUGGCAUUGCUCAGACUGGCACGGGAAAGACGUUGGCUUUUCUGCUGCCCGCAUUCAUACACAUCGACAGGCAACCCGUGCCGAGGGCCGAACGAACGGGCCCUUCCUGCUUGGUGCUCGCGCCCACACGUGAGCUGGCUCAGCAAAUUGAGCGAGAGGCCAAGAAGUACAACUACCGAGGUAUUAAAUGCGUCUGCGUGUACGGUGGUGGAAGCAGACGCGAGCAGAUUCAGAUCAUCAACAAGGGGGUCGAAAUUGUGAUCGCCACACCUGGUCGGCUCAACGACCUCGUCAUGAAUAACAUCAUCGAUCUAAACUACGUCACGUAUCUGAUCUUGGACGAAGCAGACCGCAUGCUGGACAUGGGGUUUGAACCACAGAUCAAGAAGGUCCUGUUGGACAUCCGUCCAGACCGGCAGACUGUCAUGACCAGCGCCACCUGGCCUGAAGGUGUGAGGAGGCUGGCACGGCAGUACAUGAGCAAUCCCUUCCAGGUUUUCAUCGGAUCACUCGACCUUGCAGCCGUCCACACCGUGAGCCAGAGGGUUUUGCUCAUUGACGACAGCGAGAAGCGGGACAAGCUCCUCGAGUUUGUUCAGACAAUGCAGCCAGAUGACAAGGUCAUAGUGUUCUUGGACAAGAAAGCGAUGGUUGAUCACUUGGCAAGCGACUUCAUUUUGGCCGGCAUCGAGUGUCAGUCCAUUCACGGAGACAGGGAACAGUGUGAUCGUGAACAAGCCCUGGAGGAUCUUCGAACUGGGGCAGUACGCAUCCUCAUUGCAACCGACGUGGCUGCGAGAGGUCUAGACAUAAAGGAUAUUACGCAUAUCUACAAUUACGACUUUCCUAGGAAUAUAGAAGAGUACGUUCACAGGGUCGGACGGACGGGACGUGCAGGACGAAGCGGGGAGUCAAUAACCCUCAUCACGCGGGAGAACUGGCGACAGGCCAGAGAACUCAUCAGCAUCCUCGAAGAAGCGAAUCAAGAGGUCCCCGAGGGUCUCUACUCAAUGGCCGAACGGUACGACGCCUGGAAGAAGCGCAGGGAUGAGGAAAGGCCCAUGCGCGGCGACCGUGACAGGAACGGCUGGGGAGGCGGCGGAGGAGGUUUUCGGCGCGGCGGAGGGGGUCGUUCGAACAACCGCUGGUGAAUGGAUACCAAAGAUGCUUUGUGUAUAGAUUUUUUCUUCCUUUUUUUUUUCUUUAUGUUAAGAGACUUUCAUUCCAGAAGGCUGGUGCAGAUAGCAAGUUUUUCUGCAGUCAUCAGUGUUGUUACAUUGAGUUUGUUGUUUUAUAUUGAUCUGUAUUGUCUAGGAUGGAACAGGUACGUUAUAUGUAGGAUGAAAACAUAGCCAACAAGUUUACCUCUGACCUAUGGGACAGCCUUCAUCUUGUACAGGGUGUUUUGUUUACGUUGUGUAUUAGAAGUUUGCGGUGUGCUCUCCAUUUCAUCGGACGUUGACUGUGUUUUUGGUAACUUUAACGAGCUCUGCGAAUGCACGAUGAACAUUCGCUCAAACUGGGCAUCGCUACACGUGUGCAUUUGUAAUAAGGCAUGUUUUUGGGGAUAUGGGAUGUGUGGGGAGCUAGAAACUCAUUCCACUGUACCAAUACCUUUGAGCAUCUGUGGUCAGGUCACAUGUUUCUAAUGUGCAGAAUCUCAUACGAGGCCAUUUUUUGUACCAAAAUAAAACUUCCUUCGAAAAUGC